AUGGCGACUAGAGUUCAGUCGUUUCAUUCUUUUUCUGGACGACACGAGUUAAAUUUGAGAAGUUUAGUCAAUGGUCAUUAUAAUCACAAUCACAACUACCAACACUCGCACCUCCAAUAUCAGCAUAUAAAACUUAGUAGUGCACUGAAAAGUAUAUGUCUCUUGCGUGGGUAUCACGCGUCUAGAGCUUCUCUUGGCAAUGCGGUGAAUCAUACCAUAUCUAAUGCCAAUUCACCAGUCGAACAUCCAAUAAUGCCGCCUAUCAACUUUGAUCGUAAUCUUCUGAUAGACGUCCUCAAAACGGCACCAACCCAACGAGAAGCUCGCACAUUUGUUAAACGAUUUGCGAAACGUGAGCAAAAUUUAAAUGAACAAAAGCAACAGCAAUCAGAAUCAAAAGAAAAACAUGAAAAAAUUCCCCUCGAAAACUCAAAAUCUUUAAAACGGGACACGGAAAAAUUAAAAUUCAUCGAUUCAUUAUUAUCUCCAUCAAUUGAUCACAUUGCCCUGAUAAAGAUACAAGGACCAUUAAAUGAGUUGUAUCGUAAAUACAUUGCGAAGACAUUGCUACAUUUGCAAAAGUUGGGGUUGAUGUCGAUUGUGGUAGUUGGGAAUGAGGACUGGAAAGAGAUGAUUUUGGAAGGGUCGUCCAGGUUUCGAGAAUUGUCUCAAAAAAUGAUUGCGGAGGUUGGAUCGAUUUGUGAUGCGAUUGAACAAAAUGGUGGUAGAGCCACGCCUAUAUAUAAUAGCGUUUUCACUAUUGAUAAAAACCCACAAGACUUUUCCGACUUGGAUACAAAGAAAAAACUGCGAACUACGCGAUUUCCUGGUCUCGGAGAUAUAGACGUUUCAUUGUCUUGGUUGAAAUCAUCAUUGAAAUUUGGUCAGAUACCAUUAAUUCUUCCUAUUGUGGUAGAUAAAUUAUCAAAUCAAUUAGCUGUACGAUCAAAUAUCGCGAUGAUUGCUCUCUCGCAUGCAUUAUCAAAUCUAUCUGAUACUGGUUUCCUAAAAACACCUGAACUAGAACCCAUGAAAAUAAUAUUAAUAAAUACCGAAGGAGGCAUUCCAUCGCAAGAACGCCGUGGAUCACACGUAUUCAUAAAUCUAAAAGAAGAAUACGAACAAAUCAAACAAGACUACCAAGUUAAUCCACAAUGGAAUAUCACGCACUCAACCGGUCUCGAAAAUUUAGAUAUGAUGAAGACUUGUUUGGAUAAAUUACCAUCUACCUCAUCGGGGAUCAUUGUGCCAGCUUAUGCACCAACUGUCUUGCUCUCGAACCUUAUCACCGAUAAACCAUUGUUCUCCUCAUCAUUACCGCUUUCUUCACCAACCACUCCGUGGACUACUACUACCAUAUUACGAACGGGAAUGCAAGUAAUACAUCAUAGUUCAUUCGACACUAUUGAUAUACCUGCAUUUAAAGCGCUUGUCGAAACUUCAUUUGGGAAGAAAUUAGAUUUGGAAAAUUAUCUAAAAAGAGUGGAAAAGUGUGUUGAUACUAUCAUUGUUACUGGUGAUUACGCGGGAGUUGCUGUGAUUACCAUGGAAUCAGCUUCCAUGGAAAAGAACAAUAAUGAUAAUGCAGAAAGAGAUGUAAUACCAUAUUUGGAUAAGUUGGCGGUUGAUCCAGAACAUCAGGGAACUGGCGUGGCUGAUCUUUUGUGGAAACAAAUACAAAUAAAAUACCCGAAGAUUAUGUGGAGAGCGCGAGUUAAUAAUCCGGUCAAUAAAUGGUAUUUUGAAAGAGCUGAUGGAAAUCUUCGAGUGCCUGGUUCCCAAUGGAUGAUGUUUUGGUAUGGAAACGAGGAAUUAAAACGGAUAAAACAACAUGCAAAAAUAGUGCAACAGAUACCAUCUUCUAUUGUUCACUGA